AUGAAGUCUGAAGAAGAUUCAGGUUCCUUUCAUAUGACUGCGGUCUCUGAGACGAAUCCGCAAAAUGACACCAGAUGGAGAAGAUUCAAAGACUCCUUCAAGAAGAUGGAUGACGAUAUUGAUCCGUCUCUCUCAGAGGCCGAGAAGGCCCAGAUCAGAGAGGCUCGUAAUGAAGGUGAGAAGUUGAAGAAGGGUAUCAACAGAAGACACAUGUUCCUCAUUGCUGUCGCAACAGGUAUCGGUACCGGUUUGCUUGUUGGUUCCGGUAGCUCUCUUCAUAAUGGUGGUCCAGCUGGUCUCAUCAUUGGUAUCAUCGUUGUCGGUAGUAUGCUUAUCCCUGUUAUGGAGGCUGCUGGUGAAAUGGCUGUCACUUAUGCUGAUUUGACUGGUGGUUUCAACGCCUACUCCUCUAUUCUUGUCGACAGCUCUCUCUGUUUCGCAGUGUCAUGGAACUACUGUAUCCAAUGGCUCUGUGUGAUGCCUUUGGAGUUGGUUACUGCUUCGAUGACCAUCAAGUACUGGAACGAGACCAUCAACCCAGAUGCCUUCAUUGCAAUCUUUUACACCGUGAUUGUCAUUGCCAACUUCAUUGGAAGUGAUGGUUAUGCUGAGUUUGAAUUCUUCUUAAACACUUCCAAGGUGUUGAUGAUUCUAGGGUUCUCCAUCUUGUGUGUCAUUCUGAUCUGUGGUGGUGCCUCUUCUACUGGCUACAUUGGUGCAAAGUAUUGGCACAACCCAGGUGCCUUUGCAAACUCUUUCAAAGGUGUGUGUGCUGUGUUUGUCAAUGCUGCUUUCUCCCUUGGUUGUACCGAGUUUCUGGCCUUCUCUGCUGCUGAACAGCCAAACCCACGUCGUUCCAUCCCAUCGGCAACCAAGCAAGUUGUGUACCGUAUUGUGUUCCUCUUUGUCAUUCCAUUGUUCUUGAUUGGUUUGUUGGUUCCAUACAACUCUCCAGAUUUGCUCGGUGCUUCUGGCUCCCAAUCUCACACUUCUCCAUUCGUCAUUGCUGUCUCGCAAGUCAACGUUGUUCCACACAUCGUCAACGCAGUUAUCUUGCUUGCAGUCUUGUCUGUCGGUAACUCUGCCAUGUUCUGUUCUUCCCGUACACUGCAAUCUCUUGCUGAACAAGGAAUGGCUCCUUCUUUCUUCAACUACAUCGACAGAACCGGUAGACCAAUCAGAUGCUUGAUCUUCUCCGCUGUGUGUGGUAUCUUCUCUUUCAUCGCUGCUUACGAGAAACAAGAAGAGGUGUUCGACUGGUUGCUGGCUAUCUCUGGUUUGUCAACCAUCUUGACCUGGUCUACCAUUGUGCUCUGUCACAUCCGUUUCAGAAAGGCCUUGGCAGUCCAAGGCUUCUCGACUAGCGAGCUGGGAUACCGUUCAAAGACCGGUGUCUUGGGCUCCUGGUAUGCCUUCACCAUCAACGUUUUGAUCUUGAUGGCCCAAUUUUGGAUUGCAUUGUUCCCAAUUGGCGAGAAUGGUAAAGCUGAUGCUGAGAACUUCUUCCAAAACUAUCUUGGUAUGGUUGUUGCCAUCGUGUUCUACCUCAUUCACAAGGUCUACCACAAGAACUGGCGUCUCUUCAGAUCUGCUGAGGAGAUUGAUUUGGUUAGAGGUAGAAAGAUCUUUGAUGCAGACGUCAUCGCCCAGGAGAAUGCUGAGGAUGCUGAGCAACUCAGAAACUCCCCAUUGCAUGUCAGAAUUGCAAGAUUCUGGUGUUGA